CGGCCACGAAGUUUCUGCCAACGAAAAAGAUUUAAAUUUUACCGUUUUUCAGCACUUUAAAAUUUUUCAACACUAUUAGCGCGCCAUUUUGGAGAUUUGCUGGCAACUUUUCGUGCUUUACCAAAUUUUUUUUGCAUUUAGUUUCUUGCAGAAGCUUGGACGAAGAAUAACUCUCAAUUAGCUAAAGAGAUGGAGAAAGAACAAGCGCAAGCCCAAGAAGUCGUGACGGCCCCUGAGGACAAUACGACCACUGACAAUAAUGCGACAUCAAAGGAUAAUAUGACCACUGACAAUAAUGCGACAUCAAAGGAUAAUACGACCACUGACGAUAAUACGACAUCAAAGGAUAAUAUGACCACUGACAAUAAUGCGACAUCAAAGGAUAAUACGACCACUGACGAUAAUACGACAUCAAAGGAUAAUAUGACCAUUGACGAUAAUGCGACAUCAAAGGAUAAUACGACCACUGACGAUAAUGCGACAUCAAAGGAUAAUACGACCUCUGACAAUAUAAGGGUCCCUAAGAAUAAUACUGACCCCAAUGGUAACAACCUCAUUGAUGCAACCUCCACUCAAGCAAUUGAAUCUUACCUUACAUCGGCCUUGAAAAAUUUGCGCAAGGAAAAUAAGCGUUUGGCCGAACAGUAUCGCGAGUUGCAAAAGUCUUAUGACUUGAAAAUGCUCGACAAACUGAAGAAUCUGAAUAAGAUAAAUUUAAAAACACGCUCUAACAUAAUACCCUUCCUGAAGCGAAUUCAAGUGAGGCAACUAACAGUACUUCAUCAAAUGAGAUGGAUGAUUGACAAUGAGACCCAGAUAGCCCGGGCUUAUGACAAGCACUGCAAGACCGCCAUUGACAUCGCUGAAAAGCAACAUGAUGUGGAGAAGGCACAAGGCUAUGAUGAGUUCACUAACAUGAGUAGUGACCAACUGGCCGAGGUAAUCAAGUCUUGUAAGGAGAAAAUUUAUUUAAAUGAAGCCGAAGCAAAGCGCCUGACACUCCAAAUGGAAGCUGAGGAAGAACAACAUAAGGCUGAACUCAUCACCUUGCGGAACAGUAUAAAUUCAGUGGAGGUUGUCCUAAGAGAAACAAGUGAAAUAUGCCAGGAACUUCAAUUUGAAAAAACUUUGCGCGACCAGGGUAAUAUCCCGAUAUAGAGUAAUGAAUUUUACUUACGUAAACAUCUCGAAAAAUACAAAUUGAAUUAAUUCUAAUACUGUAAAUACAGUAUCACGCUGUAUGUGGAGCCAAAACCAAAUGGAGUAAAAUGCAUUUAAGUUUUUUAAUACGUUACUGGACUUGAAUCUCGAAUCAGAAGGCGAUGUGGAGAUAUUUGCGAAAUUUCUCACAUUAUGGAAGUAGAGUAACAAAAAAAAUCGUUUUCUAAUUGCUAAAUUGCUAAAUUUAAACAUUCCUCAUUUCCUAUGUAAUUUUCUAUAUAUUUCUUUUGUAAUCAUAAUCAUUAUUCAAAAAAGGUAGACAGAGAUUUGACACAUUUGUGACAUUGAAAAUGUAAAACUAAGUUAAGUUUACUUGAAAUAAUAUAUACCGUGAUUUCUGUACCUUUAAAAAUUGAUAUUA